AUGUCUUUCAGUGGGGACACUCUGAAACCUCCGCUGCUUGAGCACAUAGCGGAGAUGCAGCGGAAAAUACAUCUUCUGGAGCGCGACAGAAGCGCUUUCUAUGAGAGCUCUCAGUCCAGCAUCAAGGAGAACACGGAGAACAUCCGGAAGCUGAGGCAGGACAACAAGAGGCUGUACAGGAAGCUGGCCGAGGUUCACACAGGUGAUGAUCAUGUCAUCAAAGAGGCCUUCCACAGCAGAGGGAUGGAGAAGAGCGCCUACCGCAACAUGUCAGGCAAGGCCGCUGUGACAACAGUAGAACAGAGCAUGUUGACGAAGAAGAAGCGUCUCAAUGCCCUCAAACACACAACCCAGACCUACCAGCAGCGCCUUGAGGAGCUGAGGGUGGUUCAGCAGAGACUGAAACCUGAGGGCAGCCGUGGAGCACAGUCCUCUGAUGCUCGCACCCGGAAGAAAGAGGAAGAUGCCAUGAACCUGCGGGCACUGGAAAACAGUCUGGAGAAGACAAAGUUUAAGUGCAAGGAGGCUGACAACAUCACGACUAACUAUCUGAAACUCAAAGGUCACCUGCAGGACGAGAGUCUGACUUUCCAGGGCCAGCUGGACGGUCUGGAGGCAGAAAUCCUGAGGCACAGGAAGGAGCUUCACAGCCUGCAGGUCUUGAACAACGACGCCCAGCUCUCUAAAGAAGCUGCUAAGGCUGAGUUACAGCAGCUGGAGGAACUGCUCUGCAAGGAACGCAAAGAGAGAGAGAGUAUUAUCGCCAGCUACAGGAAGAAAGUUGAGGAGCACAGGGCCCAGGCUGAAAAGGUCGAUAGAAGGACACAGAGAACAACUAUGCAGCCAGAUGAGCUGAGCAGUGAGGCCCAGCGCAGCACCACCAGGAUGGCAGCUGAAGAGGAGAGGGUCACCUCCACUUUUGAGGAGGCCUUCCAACGCAUCAAGGAGGCCACUGGAGUCACAGACAUACGGGAGAUAGUGGAGCGCUUCAUCUCGCAAAAGGAGACACAACAACAUCUGGAGAAGCUGAAGGGAGAGAAUGAUAAAGUCCUGCUGCAGCUGAAGGAGCAAAAGGAGCUGCUGAACCAACAGUUUCAGGACAUGAAAUAUUCUGGAGAGGCUAAACUCUCCGGUGACCAACAGAUGCUGGAGGAGUGCAGGCAGCAGCUGCAGGCUCAGCAGCAGAGGUGCAGAGCAGCUAAAGAGAGACUGGAUUGGCUUGUUAAAACGCUCAGUACCAUCCGAGCCGGAGUGGAGCACCUGGCCGACAAACUUCAACACAUCACACUGGGCGAGGACCAAGCGGCGGAGGCGUCUCCACACUCAGAUGAGUAUGUGCUGCGGCUGAUGACCCAGUGCGAUCGGAAGCUGAACUUACUUCAGGACGACCUCCAAGGAAAAGAUCUCGCCGGUAUCAUGAAGGAGAUGGAGGAAGAGGAGUUCCACGUCAGGAUUGAAGGGAAACUACCGGCUUACAACACCCGAGUCAAGCUCCCUGAGGACCAAAGACUUGACCUCCUCGAUGACGAGGAGGAGAGUGAAGAGGACGAGGCUGAUAUCAUCUCACGUGAGGCGCUGAAGCGUCAGUCUCAGCUGAUCGUUGACGCCAAGUCCAAGAAGAAAACCUGGAAGAAUAAGGGAAAGUUAUGA